AUGCUUGCGCAGGCGCUCCCGACCGGCAGCCUCCUGCUGCGUCUCGGCGCCGCCAGGCUUGCACACCACUCCAGCAGCCUGCCCAAGCUGCUAGCUGUGCCUGCACAGCAGGCCGGGGGCCGGCGGCUGGCCCACGCCGCCCGAAAACUGGUGGCGGCAGCAGCAGCUGAACCCAGCGCUGAAGCCCCGGCCUCUGCAACGAGCGCCGAUGCAUUCAAGAGCCUGGGUGUGGACAAGCGGCUGACGCCCUUCCUGGCGCAGCAGGGCAUCCAUGCGCCCACCGACAUCCAGCUGGGCGCCAUCCCGCCCAUCCUGGCGGGCGACAACGUGGCGCUGCAGGCGUACACCGGCUCCGGCAAGACGCUGGCCUUCCUGCUGCCCGCGCUGACGCUGGCGGUGGAGCGCGCGGAGCAGGAGUGGGCCUCGGUGACGCGCAAGACGGCGUGGCAGGCAGGGUCGGUGCAGGUGGUGGUGGUGGCGCCGUCGCGGGAGCUGGCCAUGCAGAUCAUGAGGGUGGCCCAGAGCCUGCUGCCCGAGUCGGCGCGGCGCGGCGUGCAGCAGGCCAUCGGCGGCGCCGCCAUCUGGCGGCAGCGGGAGAACCUCAAGCGUGCUUCUGCAUUGCGACUCAAAAGGCAUUGCGGCUUGUGGCGGUGCCCUGUGGGCCUGUGGGCGCAGAUGUACAAGCCCUUCAUGGUGGUGGGGACGCCCGGGCGCCUGGCGGAGCUGAGCCGCGACGGCUCUCUGCAGACGCACAAGACCCGGCUGCUCAUCCUCGAUGAGGUGGACCAGCUGCUGGCGCCGCAGUUCCGAGAGGAGAUGGUCCGCAUCUGCGAGCACACCGGCAAGAAGGCGGAGGGCGGGCGCCAGACGCUGGUGGUGUCCGCCACCCUCACGCCCCGCGUCCUGCAGAUGGCCGCCACCUGGUGCCCCAACCCGCGCAGCGUGUUUGUGGGCGUAGAGCCCGCGGCAGCGACCGCAGCGGCGGCAGAAGAUGCGGCCGCGGCGGCGGCGGCGGCGGCAGCAGAGGCGGCGAAAUCGGGGCUGAGCGGGCGGCGCGGCGAGGCGGCGGCGGAGGGCGAGGAGGCGGCGGCGGAGGGCGCGGCGCCGGCGCGCGACGAGCGGCGGCCCAGCUGGGGGUGGGGCGACGCCAAGUCUCCCUCGGCAGAUGCGGCCGACUACAAUCCGGGCACCAGCAGCGCGGGCGGGCUGGGCAGCGAGCAGGCGGCGGCGGCCUCCAUGCCGCCGCACCUGCGCCACCACUUUGUGGCCUCUGCCCCGCAGCACAAGGUUGACAUGCUGAGGCGCACCAUGCACGCGCUGGGCGUGCAGCGGGCCCUGGUGUUCAUGAACUUCCAGCAGCGCCUCAAGGACACAGAGGCCAAGCUGGCGGCGCGCAGCAUGGCGGUGGCCAGCCUGCACGGCGAGCUGACCAAGCAGCAGCGGCAGACGACGCUGGCGGCGUUCCGACGCGGCGACUACCGCGCGCUCAUCGUCAGCGACGUGGCGGCCCGCGGCCUCGACAUCCCCGACUGCGACGCCGUGUUCCACCUGGAGCUGCCCACAGACGCCGCCCACUACGCGCACCGCGCGGGGCGCACCGGCAGGGCGGGGCGGCCCGGAACCGUGGUGUCGCUUGUGUCGGGCGGCGAGCGGUUUGUGGUGGAGAAGCUGGGGCGGCGGCUGGGGGUGCCCAUCUCGGAGGUGCAGCUGUCCGGCGGCGAGGCGGCGGAGAAGGAGCCGCCGGCGGCGGAGCAGCAGCGGCAGCCGCACAAGGGCAAGCAGCAGCCAAAGGAGCAGCAGCAGCAGGCGUAG